AUGUCUUCAGACGGGGUCACCCCCACCAAGGUGCUUGAGGCCGAUGAGAAGGCCUCUGGCAGCCUUCCCGGAUACGACAGCGGCAGCGGAAACGCCAUCCGCGGCGACAUCCACGAGGAGAGCUGGGCCACCCGCAACGGUUUGAACGCCGAGUCCUUCAAGAAGAAGGAAUAUGGCCGCGGUGUCGUCGAGCUUGACCGUGCCAUGAGCACCCGCCAUCUGCACAUGAUUGCCAUCGGUGGAUCUAUUGGUGCUGGUUUCUUCGUCGGUUCCGGUGGCGCUCUGAGCAAGGGCGGUCCUGGUUCUCUCUUCAUUGAUUUCUUGCUGGUUGGUAUCAUGAUGUUCAACGUCGUGUACGCCCUUGGUGAACUCGCUGUUAUGUACCCUGUCUCUGGUGGUUUCUACACGUACUCGACUCGCUUCAUCGACCCGUCCUGGGGUUUCGCUAUGGGCUGGAACUACGUCUUCCAAUGGGCCGCCGUUCUUCCUCUCGAAUUGACGGUUUGCGGUCUCGUCAUCGGAUACUGGGAUAGCGAAACCAGCGUCGCCGUCUGGAUCACCGUCUUCUUGGUCGCCAUCAUCAUCAUCAACAUCUUCGGUUCUCUCGGAUAUGCUGAGGAGGAAUUCUGGUCAGCUUGCAUCAAGCUGGGUGCCACCGUCAUCUUUAUGAUCAUCUGCUUCGUCCUCGUCCUCGGCGGUGGCCCCAGCAGUGGUCGUUACAACACCUACCAAGGCGCGAAGCUGUGGUAUGACCCCGGCGCCUUCCGCAACGGCUUCAAGGGCUUCUGCUCUGUUUUCGUUACCGCCGCCUUCUCCUUCUCUGGAACUGAAUUGGUCGGUCUUGCCGCUGCCGAGGCGAAGAACCCCGUCAAAUCACUGCCCGGUGCUAUCAAGCAGGUCUUCUGGCGUAUCACCCUCUUCUACAUUCUUGGCCUCUUCUUCGUCGGUCUGCUGAUUCCCUCUGACGACCCUUCCCUGCUGUCCGAGUCCUCGUACUCUGAUGUCAAGGCCUCUCCUUUCGUGCUUGUCGGCAAGUACGCUGGCCUCGUGGGCUUCGAUCACUUCAUGAAUGUUGUCAUCCUCGUGUCCGUUCUGUCGAUUGGUGUGUCUGGUGUUUACGGUGGAUCGCGUACCCUCACUGCCUUGGCUCAGCAGGGCUACGCACCCAAGAUUUUCACCUACAUUGACAAGUCUGGCCGCCCUAUGCCAUCUGUCAUCGCCAUCCUCAUCUUCGGCCCCCUGGCUUACGUCAACCUCAACGCUUCCGGCCCUGUCGUGUUCGAUUGGUUGUUGGCGCUCUCAGGUCUCGCCGCCGUCUUCACGUGGGGCUCCAUUUGCCUCGCUCACAUCCGUUUCCGCAAGGCGUGGGCUUACCACGGUCACACCGUUGACGAGAUCCCUUUCAGAGCUAUUGGUGGUGUCACCGGCUCAUGGAUCGGUCUCUUCCUCUGCUUCGUUGUGCUUGCUGCUCAGUUCUACACUGCCAUCGCGCCUCCCGGCACUAGCGAGCUCAACGACGCUGAAGGCUUCUUCAAGUCAUACCUUGCUCUCCCCGUCGUUAUCCUCUUCUGGGUCGGUGGCUUCGCCUGGAAGCGCACUGGUUGGCUCCGCACCUCCCAGAUGGAUGUCGACACUGGCCGUCGUGAGCUUGACUGGGACGAGAUCCACGCUUACCGUGCCAAGAUUGCUGCGAUGCCCGCGUGGAGACGUGCCAUCAACCACGUUUGGUAA